AUGAAAAUCACUUCGGUAGCUCUCCUCUCUUUGGGUUUGACGGCAGCCUCUGCCAUGGCAGCAGCAAUUAAGCCGGAAGAAACAAGCGUUGAUGCCAAAGUCAAUGCUGUUGAAGACAAGGCUCAAUCUCCAUCGGUCACCAAGGAUGAUGCCAAGGAUGAUGCCAAUGAUGACGCUGAUCCUGAUCAGUACCAUCCACCUUACUAUCCACCUUACUACCCACCUUAUCAUCCACCUUAUCAUCCACCUUAUCAUCCACCCUACCACCCACCUUACCAUCCUCCUCAUCACCCACCUUACCAUCACCCACCACAGGAAGGCGAUGAUAACAAUCAAUGA